AUGAUUUUGUUGUAUUCGAGUCAUCUCGCCGAGCUCUUUCGAAUAACAUAUACAACAGAAUUGCCAUUUUUCAUUUACAAAGUAUUUUGGUGGCGUCCUCCAUUUAUUCGUGGAAACGAGCCAUUAUAUUCUAACGUUCUUUAUCAUUUCAUUUCGAGUACAUUUAAUGCUCUUCAUUAUGGAGUUUCAAGUAUUUUGGUGUUUAUUCUUUGUUUGGAACGUUGUUUGGUGUUAAAAACGGGAAAUCAAUUGACUGGCAAGAAAAAUGGAAUAUUUAUUAUUGGAGGGAUAUUUGUUGUUAUCGCAGUUUAUCUUUUAUGUGGGGCAAGCUAUGCUUUUGAAUUUCCAUUAGAUUAUGAAACUGACAAAUAUUGUGAAACCCAAUCUUGUAUGCAACCUCGAUUAAAAAAUUAUCCAGUCCUUUUUGUCAAAACUUGCUUUGGUUUCGCUAAUGUAUUUUGUUGUAUUUUAUUUUUAUAUUUACCCCCACUUGGAGACCAAUAA